UACGAUUAAAUGCCUCAUCCUCCUUACAAAAUUGGAGAAGAUAACUGAAUAGUUUCUUGAUAAAGUAAAAGUGAUUUUUAUAAACUAUAAAAAAAUAUGUGUAUGUGUGUAUAUUAGGCCUUAAAGUAGCUGCUGCUACAGCAGUAGCCCCAAUACCGUUGGAACACAAUGCUAGCUUCCUGUCGUGUAAUGAUGGUUCGGGUUAUCAUACGCCCCUGGGCAGCAAUGGAUAUCAAAAUAAUAGCAAAAGUAGCAGCAGCAACAGUCCCAGCAGCAGAAGCAGCAGCAUUGCUGGAGAAUCUGAUAAUGAAUAUGAUUUUAAUUCAAUGAAUGAAUUUGAUAUACCACAACAACAUAAGGAUGUGGAUAUGCAUUUGAUAUUGCCACAAAUCGAAAUUGAAGAAAAUACACCGCAGCCUUUUACACCCUCGUCAGAUGCCAUUACCAUGCCUCUGGAGGGUUUCCUUGAAGCACCACGUUUAUCAUGUCACUCGAGAACCCAUUCGGAUCUAUCACAGCCCAAGUAUGUUCGUCAAUAUUCCGAUGAUGGUUCUAGUGAUGUGUUUACUACAACGGUAACGUUUUCCUUAGUGUACAAAAGGAGGAAGUUAAGCUGAAGUUGGCUAUAUCACCUAAAACAAGUAAAAGCGUGAUAAGUUCGCGUCAGGUCAAAUCAUAUAUACCCUCCACCAUAGAUGGCAUUUGUAGAGUUCUUUGCCCGGUAUCUCUUUUUAGGCAAACCAAUGGUAAUUAAUAAGAAUCGCUAUGCUAUUCGAGCCAUAUCAAGUUAUGGUCCG